UGCGAGUGCCACGAGUGGAUGUGCGAGACCUACGACGGGAGCACCUGUGCAGUGAUCACACAUGGACACGUAUGUUAAAGACUGUUAAGUUGGAUAUCGCUUCCCCAACCCUCCCUUUCUGAUUCUAUGGUACCGUGGUCCUCUCCCACGUCCUUCCCUCUCAUCCAGUGAAGAUCCUUUGGCGGCAGCUUCCCGCCCUAUCCUGAACAGAGGUUAAAAACCUAGAGAUGUGCAUGGAAGAGUGAAGAAACAGGGUCUCUGCUAUAAGAGUGGACAAUCAGGGGAGUUGGAUUAACGAGCUUCUGGAUCACCAUCGCCAGGCUGGGUCUGGAGAGCCAGGGCAGCCAAGGGCGCGUGGCGGAGGGCAACACCCUACCGUGGGAAAGGCCCUGGAAACUGCCUUUGCAGUUGGGAGGUCUGAUGCAGAGGGAAGAGAGAGGGAGACUUGGCUUUACAGGAUGGAGGGAGCUAGAAUGGAGCCCAUUGGAUAAAGUGGUCUUCUGGGCUCUUACCAAAAAAAAUGUUCUCUACCUGAGACCUCAUAUGACUUCCACUGGGAGCUGUCUCCACUUUCAACUUCCAUUUCCUUUGAAAUUCCCCUGGCUGGCCUUAGGUUCCACAUGUGCAGAUGAGAAGUCUCUUGCAUGAAGCCUGGUCAUUGUAUUUCCUUUGCAGAUGCCACGGUGUGUGUGACUGUGGAAAGUGCAGAUGUGAGGGAGGAUGGUCUGGGGACGCUUGCCAGUACCCGAAGACCUGUGACCUGACGAAGAAACAGAGCAACCAAAUGUGCAAGAAUUCUCAAGAUAUCAUCUGCUCUAAUGCAGGUACAUGUCACUGUGGCAGGUGUAAGUGUGAUAAUUCAGAUGGAAAUGGACUCGUUUAUGGUAAAUUUUGUGAGUGUGAUGAUAGAGAAUGCAUAGAUGAUGAAACAGAAGAAAUAUGUGGAGGCCACGGAAAGUGUUACUGUGGAAACUGUUACUGCCAGGCUGGUUGGCAUGGAGAUAAAUGCGAAUUCCAGUGUGACAUCACCCCCUGGGAGAGCAAGCGAAGAUGCACGUCUCCAGAUAGCAGAGUCUGCAGUAACAGAGGGAUUUGUGUGUGUGGUGAAUGUUCUUGCCAUGAUGUUGACCCGACUGGAGACUGGGGGGAUGUUCAUGGGGACACCUGUGAGUGUGAUGAAAGGGACUGCAAGACUGUCUAUGACAGAUACUCUGAUGACUUCUGUUCCGGUCAUGGGCAGUGUAACUGUGGAAGAUGUGACUGCAAAGUAGGCUGGCAUGGGAAAAAGUGCGAGCACCCACGUUCCUGCCCGCUGUCAGCUGAGGAGAGUAUCAAGAAAUGCCAGGGAAGCUCUGCUCUGCCUUGCUCUGGAAGGGGUAAGUGUGAGUGCGGUGAAUGCACCUGCUACCCUCCGGGAGGCGGCAGGGUUUACGGCAAGACGUGUGAGUGUGACGAUCGCCGCUGCGAAGACUUGGACGGCGUGGUCUGUGGAGGCCACGGCACGUGUUCCUGUGGUCGCUGCGUUUGCGGGACAGGAUGGUUCGGGAAGCUGUGCCAGCAUCCGCGCAAGUGUAACCUGACGGAGGAACAGAGCAGGAGCCUGUGCGAAUCGGCAGAUGGCGAACUGUGCUCGGGGAAGGGUUCCUGUCACUGUGGGAAGUGCAUUUGUUCCGCCGAAGAAUGGUAUAUUUCGGGAGAAUUCUGCGACUGUGAUGACAGAGACUGCGACAGACACGAUGGUCUCAUUUGCACAGGGAAUGGGAUCUGUAGCUGUGGAAACUGUGAAUGCUGGGAUGGAUGGAACGGAAAUGCAUGUGAAAUCUGGCUCGGCACAGAAUAUCCUUAACGUGGCAGAGAACUGGAUUCUUCUUUUUCUAGGCCGUUAGAACACAUAAAUGCAGAGGGAACCAUAUAUAAUCAUCAGUAGGACAGGUCAGACAGACCAUUGUAUGUUUUUCUAUUUCUGAACGCCUCAGUGAAAUCUGGGUACCCAUUAAAAAUGAGUUAAGCAAAUUCUGAUGUAAAUAAUGCCAGAAAGAUUUUUUUUCUACCUUAAUUUACAUCAGUGGUUCUCAACAAGGGCAACUUUACCACCCAGAAGACAUUUGGCCAUGUCUACAGACAAAUUUCAUUGUCCCCCUGGGUGGGGUGGGAGGGCAUGCUGUGGGCAUCUGGUGGGUGGAGGCCAGGGAUGCUGCAAACAUCCUCUGGUGCAGGACAGCCUCCCACAGCAAUGAAUUAUGUGACUUCAACUAUCAGUGGUGCCUGAGCUGAGAAACACUGAGUUACACGGUUGUUGGAAGUGCACACCCCUGUGCAAGAAAGACCAUACUGGAGUCUAAGGAAAAGCUAUAUCCUCACAUACAUCCAUUGACCAUAUUUUGCCAGUAUUUCCAUAUGGAGACAUGAGGUAUGUGGUAUACAAACACACAUGGGGUAGGGGAGCAGGCAGAAACUACAUCACCGGUGCUUUUGAAAAAAAAACCAAACAAACUGGUCAUUUUAGCCAUUAAGUCAUUUGUCAUUUGUCUAGUCCCACUUUAAAUUCACACAAGGGACUUCCCUGGCGGUCCAGUAGUUAAACUUCGCCUUCCAAUGCAGGGGGUGCAGGUUCGGUCCCUGGUCGGGGAGCUAAGAUCCCACAUGCCUCGCGGCCAAAAAACAAAACAAAACAUAAAACAGAAGCAAUAUUGUAACAGAUUCAAUAAAGACUUUACAAAUGGUCCACAUCAAAAAAAAAUCUUUAAAAAAUAUUAAAAAUAAACUCACACAAAAAAAGACUCUUAAGGAAGAUAUGAAAAAUGCAAAAUUUGACAUUUUUAAUAAAUGGUGACAUAAGUUGCUUAUAUUCUGUGUCAGUAUAUAUUUGCCUACUGAGGAUUAACCCAAAAAAUGAAUUUUUAUUCAGGGGUAUCUAUUUUCUGUUUCUAGAACAUUUUUAAAAACUGGGCAAGGGUUACAUAUACAAGAAAUACGAUUUUUUUACUGUUUACUCCAUGGUAACUUGCCUUUUAAAAAGACAACAUAUAGUUAGAUAUACGAUGGGCCUGAAAUACACAUUCACUUCUCUUAAAAGAUUCUUAUUUAUAAGGAUACAUGACUUACUGGAAAAGUAGGGACAUGCAAAGAAAUCAAGAAGAGAUACUAUAAUAAAAAGUCUCAAAAGCUCAGAGGAUUUUUUAAAAAUCCAGAAAUGGCUGAAAUAGAAAUUACAAAUAUUCAGUCAAUAAUAAGAACAAAAUGUUUAUUUUCUUAAUGGUGAAAUUCUGCUCUGUAUGAAAUUCACAUUGCAUUAUGAAAAUGUACAAUAAUUUGGACUUCCCUUACAUAUUUACAGUUAAGUCUACGUAUACACAUUAGUUUAGGCAACCUUUAAUUAUUUAGAGCUAAU